AUGGCGGAAAUCGCGAAGCAGGCCGCGGAGGAGGCGGCGAGCUGGGAGGACAUGUGCCGGGCCAUGGGUGGUCCUCCGGCCAAGAAGCUCAAGGGUGUCAAGUCUUUAGGGAAGGGGAAGUACGCAGCUGAGAUCUGGAUGAAGGAAGUGGGGCGCACGGUAUGGCUCGGAACAUUCCCGUCCCUCAAGCUCGCCGCCUGCGCCUACGAGCUCGCGGCCAGGGGAAUUCUGUGGCGGGGGCGCAAGGCCAGCCCCAACUUCGAGGUAAUUCCUUCCCCGGCCUUGCGUCGAGAGUUUGAGGAGGAGCUGGACAAGCAGGAACUCCACCACAGGGGGCAUGAGGGUUCUCGUCGUCGCCCUGCUUGUCUCGUUCACUUCAGGCCAGCAGCCAACCUGUUCGGCCCGCCCAUCACCGUCGUCAGGGCGCCGGUGCAGGCCCCGGCGGAGAGCUGCGUCAGCACCACCCUGGAGACUGGUCCGGAGGCUUCUUCUUCUUCGUCUGCAGGCGAGGGCCAGCGCGCCUCCAGUGGUCGCCGGGCGUUCAUGGCCCCGAUGCUUAAUCCUAAUCUUACCUUCGUUGCAGAGCCUGUCACUGGCGACAACUUCACCACCGACGCGUGGUCUCGUGGCGUCCUGUAG